AUGGAGACGGAUGUAUCGCAUUGGUCGGUUCAGGAUGUCUCUCAAUGGCUUUGCGUGAAUAAUCUAUCUCAGCAUGCGCAAAUCUUUCAGAACAACGACAUUGACGGCACCGUGCUCUUGCAGUUGGACCAGCCCGUACUGAAGGAGAUGGGAAUGAGCAGCAUGGGCGACCGUUUGCGUCUCCUUGCCGCUGUCCGGACACUAUCGCGGCGCAGUCCUAGCGUUUCGCAAGCUGCCCAAAUGCCCGCCCGCGCCGCGUCAAGCAAGUCAAUGCUAGGCGGCCCGAAACUAUCGCCGUUGAACUUAUUUGGCGGGCGCUACGGCGAUGCAAACGGCGCCGACGAGCACGCGCGGCAUGCAGACCACAGCCCGUCUGUGCGCACACCGACUUGCAUGCCCGACGGCACGUUUCUGCUCUCGCCCAAGAGCCCUGCGUUUUCCAAGCCGCACCCCACUUCCCGGCGUCCCAAUACAGCCACGGGUAUUUCUCCGCGCGCACGCCCAGGCAGCAGCGGCACAAACACGAGCAGCUACAUUGGCACGCCAAGCACGGCGAUGCAGCCAAAGCACCGCCGGCCCGCAACGGCGAAUAGCGCCUCGAGCCAGGUAGGAUACUCGGUCGGCCGCGGUGCUUUUGCCGCGAGCGCCGCUGCGAAACAGCGUGUGGCUGCCAUCAGCGCGCCGUACAAUCUGCGGCGCAACGGGAGCGGGUCGGACUCUGACUCGCGCGGCGAUCCAUUGACGCCUUGCACGCCCAGCUCGGUGAAAUCCAUGCGCCGCCCGCUGAUCAAAUUUGUCAUGCGCGACGGCGCGCACCACGUAGUUGAUGUCGGGGACAGUUGUGAUCCAAGCGACAUUCUUGCACGGAUAUUGCAAGCGUUUGGGAUCGAGGAGGCUGGUCUGCCAACCUAUACGCAGCCGUGGGCAAUUGCGAUGAAUGGGAUGGAUGGGAAGCCAAAAAUGUUGUCGGAGAAUGAGCUUUUGACGGUGUGCCGUGCGCCGCACACAUUUUUGCCCGUCACCCAGCACGGCCUCUUGCUGGAUUUCGCAGAGCACUUUGAUACGGGCGGCGUGACAAAACGCGCUUCUACUGUGAGCAUUCUUUCUGGCUUGGGCGUGGACAAUGCGUCGCAAGCAUUGCUGCCCGUCCACCUGCUGCACACCGCCCGUACCGCCGUCGCUGCAUCCGAGCCCCUGCUGCCGGUCGUGACAGUGCGGCGCAAGGUGCGCAACUUUUUCGGCCAGCGCCCUCCGUCGGAGCUGAUUAGUUCGCACCUUGCCGAGUAUUUCCCAAAAACGGACAGCUGCGAGCUGCAGCGCCACUCGCAGGGCUCGAUCAAGCGCAAGGAAAGAUAUGCAGAUCGCGCGCACGAAGGAGCGCGCGCGACAAUACGCGCGCUGCCCACAGCAUCGGUGCCGCCGCCGCAAAGCGCUCCGGCAGUGGUCUUGACGUCAACGACGGAAACCUUCUUUCCGUACCGCGACACUGCAAAAGAUGAUGAUCGUGCGAGCCUUGUCACUGUCGACGAAAUCACUCUCGAUCUGGAGGAGCGCAACGCACUCGCGGCAGACAAGGGGGAAUCUAGCAAGGUCGACCAGGACGGCAUGCCCGUCCCGCUGAGCUCGUCGCUGCGCACGGCAAGCGCAGUGUCGCCCGCGUUUUGUGCACCGACAGCACCGCCCAAACGCGACGUACCGCUGCGCCCUGUGAAAAGCAGCAUGCGCGUAGAAGAGGUGCCGCGGAUGCGCUGGCACAAAGGCGCGUUGAUCGGCGCCGGUUCCUACGGCAAUGUAUUUCUCGGCAUGAACGCAAAAACGGGCAUGCUGAUGGCUGUGAAGCAAGUCGAGCUCCCGACGAACGAGGAGGAGACCACCAAACGGCGCAAGCUCAUGGUCGAGUCUUUGGAAUCCGAAAUCACGCUCCUCAAGACCAUCCAGCACCCCAACAUUGUACACUACCUCGACUCCUUCCCCGACGGCGAAUUCCUCAAUAUUUUUCUCGAGUACGUCCCGGGCGGCUCGGUGGUAUCCUUGCUCCGCAAUUACGGCCCGUUUGAGGAACAACUCGUUCAGAAUUUCAUCCGCCAAAUUCUGCAAGGACUCAGUUUCUUGCACGCGCGCGAGAUUGUCCACCGCGACAUCAAAGGCGCCAACAUCCUCGUGGACAACAAGGGCGGCGUGAAAAUCUCCGACUUUGGCAUCAGCAAAAAGGUUGAGAGCGGUUUGCUGAAUGCGACAGGAAAUCGCGAUGCUUUGCAAGGGAGUGUGUAUUGGAUGGCGCCCGAGGUGGUGAAGCAAACGAUGUACACACCCAAGGCCGACAUCUGGAGUGUGGGGUGUUUGGUGGUAGAGAUGCUCACUGCCGAGCACCCAUGGGCCAACUUGGACCAGAUGCAGGCGCUGUUCAAAAUUGGGAUGGGCAAGCCGCCAGAGAUUCCAGAAGAUGUAUCCGUGUCCGCCAUUGCUUUUCUACGGGCCAUCUUUGAAAUUGAUUUCCAGCAGCGCCCCACAGCCGAUGCGCUGCUCGCCCAUCCAUUUGCAAACCCCGCCGAGGAAGAAGGACUUUCUGCGCUGUAA